CUCAAUUGACCAAAAGCCACCUGGUAAUAAGGGCCGCCAGUAGCCAUGGCCGUACAGGAAGUUUUCGCUAAUCUUCAGCCAUUUGUGGAAUCCAGCGCGCAAGCCUUACUGCUACUUGCUUUGCUACCUAUUGUGUUUCCAUGUCUUCUCUUCCUUGCUGUUUGCACACUGGUUUGGGCACUUAUCUUCAGAUACUUCAAAGCUGAGUACGACAUCACCAUUACGCGUGAAGCCUUGCCCCCGCAUCCCGACACUGCCACAGUCACUACCAGAGAUGGGAUCGUGAUUAAUUAUUACACCGCAGUGGUGCGUUCAGAGGAUGGUACAAUUCCAACAGUUUCAGAUCCCAAGGUGGUUCUAUUUUGCAACCCCUUGGGUCAGAAAGGGAUGUCAUCCUGGGGCAGUGCAUCUGCUGCCAUUGCUCAGCUUUGGGGCCCUGGCACGAUCCUGAUUUGCUGGGACUACCGUGGCUUUUUUGAGUCUGACGAUCCCAAACGCCCCAGGACCGUGGACGUGCGAAAUCAUGCAGAAGACGGAGCGGUUGUUUUGGAAGAAGUUGUGGGCGACAAGCCUGCAACCUUGCUGGUCGGACACAGUAUGGGAGUCCAAGUUGGUUUGGAGUUCACUCUCCUCUAUCCUGAAAAAGUGGGAGCAAUGAUCCUUUUGAACGGAACCUACGGUCACGCGCUGCAGACGGCAUUUCAGCCUAUCCUCAGACUGCCAUACGUGGGCAGUGUCAUCAGCAGCGUGAUUCAGUGGUUCCUGGCCAGAGGGCAUGAAGACAUCCUGGAAAUGAUUCGCAGGUUCUCUGAACCCUUCAUCGGCAUCCUCUUUCAAAUGAUGACAGUUCUCUUUGGCAGCAAAUCUUUGCAAAAGCUUUAUGGCAAAGAUUAUAUGCUCAAAGCAUGGCAGCAAUAUUUGGGUGGAAUUUGCUCAAAUGCCAAAAGCAUGAAGGCGUUCUUGCGUGGAUUCCAAGAUUUGGAUGCUCACUCCACUGGGCACCUCUUGUAUCAGAUAAGCCACCCCACUUUGCUGAUGGCAGGAAUUUGGGAUACCCUUACCCCAGCAUACACUAUGCUGGUGAUGAAACGCCAGAUGGCCAAUGCAAGACUUGUCCUUGACACAUUUUCAGGUCAUUUCAGCGUCAUGGAACACCCGGAACUCGUAAUGACAGAGAUCGCAAAGUUCCUGGCGGAAGAGGUUCCUAACUUCAGGCGGCGCACAGGGUCACAAUUCGAAAAGCCUUCUUUGAAGAAAGAUAUGUGAUAGGAUGUGAAGGAUGUGAUCGCGCGUGAGUGAAUAAAGCAGCUUGGCUCAUUCCCCAGACAAUCUGGACAAACAGAGCUGCAUCCUGGUCCUGGCAUUUUUGCCCAGACAUAGAAUGACACAGAUAUGUUGUUUGGAUUCUUUUGGCACCAAGCAUGUGGUCUUGUUAAACAUGACCAAGGUUGCACAUUGAUUGAUUUGUACAGCAGCUUGACAUUGAAGAAAAACGGCACACUUGCAGACGUCAGCAUCUCCUUGCCAUCUUGCCUAGAACAUAUUCCCGCUGUCGCGGGCAACUGAG